UUUUUUUAAAUCUUGACACAGAAGAAUUCAGUGAAUUACAGAAAAGUGAGGGCUUUGACGCUGGUAUACGCUGACUAAUUAGGUUUCCACGGCUAUGGGUGCAGUAAAAGAAGCUCUUUCCCUCUUACUCCAAAGGAGAAACUAUGACUCCAGUUAUCAAGUUUUAGCCGAUGUUCUUAAAUCAUGUGCGCCAAUAUCAGGUAUCAAAUUGGGGAAAUCUCUACACGCUCAUGUUGUUAAAGAAGGGCAUGUUUCUUGCCAGUUGAUUUCGAAAGCUUUGCUCAACAUGUACGCCAAAUGCAGAGUUCUUGAUGACUGCCGCCAGCUGUUCGACGAAAAUCCUGACCCAGAUACCGUCACUUGGAACACUCUCUUGUCUGGGUUCGCGGGUUCCGCCCGCCACGAUCACACGGUUAUGAGGUUUUUCAACAUGCUCCGUGCUGUGCGCGAUCCUAAACCGAGUGCCGUCACUCUUGCUAUUGUCAUUCCUGUCUGCACCCGCUCCGGAACCCGGGGUGCUCGGAGGAGUGUUCAUGCCUAUGCGAUAAAGUCUGGGAUGGAAUCGCAGACAUUGGUAGGCAAUGCUCUAGUGUCGAUGUAUGCAAAAUCUGGACUUGUUUUGGAUGCGUGCGUUGUUUUUGGAGAAAUUUCUGAUAGAGAUGUAGUUUCAUACAAUGCAGCAAUUGCAGGUUUAGCAGAGAAUCAGCUUAUGGGAGAUGCUUUUCAACUUUUCACUGAGAUGAUUAGAGGGCCGGUGAUGCCUAACUAUGCCACCAUUGCAAAUGUUCUGCCUAUUUGUGCUGCUAUGGGGAAGACUGGUUGCGACAGAUUGGGAAAGGAGAUCCAUGGCUAUGUAUUGAGGCGCUCUGAUUUGGAAGAUGAAACAACGGUGAUUAAUGCUAUUUUGAGCUUCUAUCUGAGAGUUGGUCGAAUACAAGAAGCAGAGUCUUUAUUUGAUCGAAUGAAGUUCAGAGACUCGGUUUCCUGGAAUUCAAUCAUUGCUGGGUAUGCUUCAAAUGGUCAGUGGUUGAAAGCGUUGGAGACAUUUCGUCGUUUUGUUUGCGUGAAGAUGGUUGGACUGGAUGCCAUCACUGUUAUCAGCAUUCUUCCUGUUUGUGCCCAGUUAAAUGAUCUGCAAGUGGGGAAGGAGAUACACGGGUAUGUUUUGCGGCAGCCAGCUUUAAACAAGGAUACAUCCAUUGGAAAUGCUUUUACAAAAUUUUAUGCAAAAUGUGGCCGGAUAGAUGCAGCAUUUGGAACAUUUUCACUUAUCCGUGAAAAGGAUUUGAUAUCAUGGAAUACCAUGCUUGAUGCUCUUGCAUUAAAUCUACUUACAACUCAGUUUGCUGAUCUCUUGUGUUUGAUGUUUGUGGAAGGAGUAAAACCUGAUGCCAUCACUAUCUUAACUGUGGUACAGCUUUAUGCAUCUCUUUCCAGAAUUAACAAUGUUAAAGAAACACAUGGGUUCUCAUUGAGAUCCGGUGUUCUGCAUGGUGAUACGAAACCCACUCUCGGAAAUGCACUGCUUGAUGCAUAUGCCAAAUGUGAAAAUAUGGAAUACGCAUCAAAACUGUUUGAUAACUUAUCUGGAAAGAGGAAUGUGGUCACCUGCAACUCAAUGAUUUCAGGAUACGUUGAAAACGGUUCGCUAGAUGAUGCAAAUACUAUCUUCCAUAGUAUUUCUGAAAGAGAUAUUACCACUUGGAAUCUUAUGAUCCGAGGUUAUGCCCAGAACGAGUGUCCUGGUGAGGCUCUCCGCUUGUUUCAUGAGUUACAGCAUCAUGGAUUAAGGCCUGAUCCCAUGACAAUUGUGAGUGUAAUACCUGUUUGUGGUCAAAUGGCUUCAGUGCACUUGCUGAGACAGUGUCAUGGCUACAUAAUUAGGGCUUGCUUCAAUGAUGCUCAUUUAAUGGCAGCUCUUAUAGAUGUGUACUCAAAAUGCGGGAACAUAAGUGCUGCAUAUAAACUUUAUCAAUCAACUCCACAGAAAGACCUUGUUGUGUUCACGGCUAUGGUUGGAGGAUUCGCUAUGCAUGGAAUGAGCAAGGAAGCAAUUAAGGUCUUUGACUUUAUGCUCAAGUGUGGUAUUAAACCGGAUCAUGUUGUGAUCACUGCUGUUUUAUCUGCUUGUCGUCAUGCUGGUCUUAUUAAUGAAGGAUUAUCAGUUUUUAAUUCAAUAGAUCAGGUGCAUCACAUGGAACCAAGCAUGGAGCAGUACGCAUGUGUGGUGGAUCUCCUCGGUCGGGCCGGUAAAAUUAAGGAAGCAUUAUCCUUUCUAACUGACAUGCCGGUUGCACCAAAUGCCAAUUUAUGGGGUACACUUCUUGGUGCCUGCAGAGCCCACCAUGAUGUGGAUACAGGUCAUAUUGUAGCUGAACGUCUUUUAAGAACUGAAACCACUGACAUAGGAAACUACGUGGUUUUGUCAAAUAUGUACGCUGCUGAUGCUAGAUGGGACGGGGUGUUGGAGAUGAGAAAGAUGAUGAAAACGAGAGAUCUGAAAAAGCCAGCAGGUUGUAGUUGGAUUGAAGUGGGAAGGAGUAAAAAUAUGUUUGUAGCUGGAGACUAUUCUCACCCAGAAAGAAGCCUCAUUUACAGCACGUUGCAUCACUUGGAAAAACUAUUGAAAGAUCUGUACGAGUCUCCUUGUACUUGAGACAAGGACAGCCGAUUCAUGCAAAAUCAUAGUUUCCAAAUGCAUAUUCACUUUCCUUUUAAACAGAAUUUGAAAGCUAGCCAUAUAGUUCAACAGGAGUUUUACAGAUAACAUUUGCAACCUUAUUUGACAAAUCCUAGCAAGCAAGACUGGGGAAAUAAAAUGCUACUAACAGUUACAUAGAGAUGCUGUUGGGAAUUCCCCUGCCUGUCAGUCCAAUCUCACUGCUAGGGUACAGCAAAGUGUAUGGCAUCUUCACUGGCCCCGACCUAUUCCUCCACCUCUUGUCAUUGUUCAAAUCGAUGAACUUUUGCUCUACCUCUUUUAAGCGUUCCCCAAACCUUUCGAAUGCUUUGCAGGCCUCUGUGUCUGCUGUCCAUUCAGGAGAGUCUCUCUGUCCAAGAUAAAUCUCAUCAGAAGAAUGCCUAGAUAAAAUUUCUACAAGGGAGAUGCCAAGCACACUUUGCAUCUGGGAAGUGAUGGUUUUCAAGUAAGCCUUUUCAGGAUUCAACUUCAUUUCUUCAUACUCAGGAGUGCCUAGAUCUGGAAUGAAUCUCCGGCUAGUAGCCGGACGAUUUGGCAGGUACCCUCCAUAAGGGUACUGUCCAAAAUUUAAUGCUGCAUGAAGGGCAGACGCCACCCAUAUGAUAGUGGUGCACGACUCUAUAAGCUCUUCGCGGGACUGCAUUUUUGGCCACCAGGGUUCGUCUUUCUUGUCUCCGUGUCCCUUUUCUCGUAUUUCAGUCCACCAUGCCUGAAGCUCAGGAUCUUCCUGAACCAUUUCAUCAGUCUUGUAGUAAAUGUUGCAGUAGUCCUGAACCCAUGUUUUGAUUGUUCCCCAGAUCUCGAGUCCAUCAACAGCAUAAGGAUAAUCCUGUAUCAGUAAGCGCACACCAUGCAGGCAGCUAGAGUCUUUGAUUGCCACCCCUCUGAAAAUUUGUAGAUAGAGUUAGCAAGAGAUGUAAGUUCAAACCUUUGAGAAAGCUGUAGAGUUCUUUUCAUUGAGCUUUUACAAAAUUCUGAUGCAAGGCUAUGAAAGAGCAUUGAUUUUGACAGUGCCUUAGCAUUUUUUAAUCUAUUACCAUUUGCAAUCUUAUGACAAUAGUAUCAUAUUGUAGAAUUCAAUCUAAAUGUACCUCUUUAUAAGGUCUCCGGGAAGUGAUUGUUCUGGGAAAACCCAGUCCUUGUAAACCAUAGAUGACAUCUCCAAGGAAUAUUUUCCUGGAAAAACUGUAAUCUCAACAAACCCUCCAGCACAUAUCAGGGAUUGACGAGCUAGUGCAUUUAUAUUCAUUGUAUCUCUGAAGUGAGGCUGCAAAAGCUUAUGAAUUGGGUGGAGUACGCUCAGCUGUCUGUUGGUGGCGAUAAUAAAUGGCUCAAUUGAUGCAUGAGUGUUCAACCUGAGAUGAGAAGAGGAGAAAAGGUUCUAAACUUUAGUCAUGAAAGAUUAUGAUGUGCCUAUUUUUUUGUUUUUGCAGCUUUGUUAACUACUUUACCAGUGACUUAUGAGCUGAUGAUAUCCAGAGUCAUCUACUGCUACAUAAGCCUUCGCCAACAGCCAGAUGGCACCUUCAACUCCAUCUUCUGCUGGGGUGCAUACGCGACUUACUGCACCAUAAUGAUCUCCUUCUGGAUGUGGCAAACUUAAUUCAAUUGCUACAGGCCUCAGUGUUCCAUCUUCUUUCAAGAAAAGAACUGUUCUUGUUGCAUAAGUCUUUGCAGCAGUAGUGUUUAUCCUCCUCAGG